CCAAUUUAAUUCUGAAAUAGCAAAAAUGACGCAAUAUUCAAAAGCCCUAGCUAGAGUUAACAUUUUGAAAGGACAUCUCCGCCCUAGCAAGGAAGCAAAGGAAGAAAGAAAAAACCCAUCCUUCAGUGUUGAAGCUGCAAGGGAAGCUUUCUGGGAAACCUACCCAAAAGGCUACUUUGAAGGGUAUGAAGCCCUCUCAGAACUUAGAGGAAUGACGCAUAGAUCUUUUUACUUCGAAGAUAGAAAGGAAGUCGCGAGAGAAGAUACUAACAAGUUCUUUGUAUCCUAUGUGAACAAAAUCUUUGAGAAAGGUUUUACAAAUCCCGAGAAAAUUGCUGAAAAUAUUGACUAUUUCCUUGCCUGAUUUGAUUCCAUAAAUUCUCUGGACUAUAAUACUCUGACAAAGCUCAUGGUACAAUACGGGUUGUAUUGCAAAACCAUUAAGAAUCUUGGAACUGAGAAACACAAGGAGAUCUUACUUGAAGGCACCUCUCUCAGAACAAUGGGUUGCUUCGGUCUGACAGAAAUUGGGCAUGGCUCAAACGUUAGAGGUAUAGAAACAACUGCUGAAUACGAUCCAGAGACUGAGGAGUUCAUCAUCAACAGCCCCACAGACACCUCUGCCAAAUUUUGGAUUGGGAAUCUAGCCAAAACUGCUCAUAAUGCAGUCAUAUUUGCCCAGCUGAUUACUCAUGGGGAGAACAAAGGUGUUCAUGCAUUUGUAUUUGAAGUAAGGGAUAGAAGUAACCAUUUGCCACACCCACGAAUCGAGAUUGGAGACUGUGGAGACAAGAAAGGUGCCCAUGGUAUCGACAAUGGAUGGAUCAAAUUCAAAUAUUACAGAGUCCCUAGAGAUUCUUUGCUAGAUAAAUUCGGAAGUGUUGACAAGGAAGGAAACUAUCACUCGUCCAUUGAGAAAGCUGGAAAAAGAUUUGCAAAUUCUAUUGCUAGUUUAAGCGGGGGAAGAGUUUUGAUAAGCCGUCUCUCGUGUGAAGCUGGACUUAUUGCUAGUGCAACCGCACUUAGAUACGGCUGCGCAAGAAAGCAAUUCGGUACAGGCGAUGGAGAGGAAGUUGCCCUUAUUAAUUAUCCUUCAUAUCAAUACAGAACAAUCACAAGAUUCGUUGAUCACUUCAUUGAUGUGAUAGCUUGUAAUAGAAUGGUAGAUCUCUGGAUCUCUAAUUUACCGAAUCUUCUGAAAGAAAAGAAUAGAGUAACAAAUCUUUGUCAUGGCCUCUGUUCAAACACAAAGGCUUUCGUUGCAUGGGGCGUUCAUGACUCUCUCUUUGAUUUGAGAAGAGCUUGAGGAGGAUUCGGUUACUCAAAAUAUUCUCUUUUUGAUGAAUUAAUAGACAUUAACGAUCUCAACCAAACUUGGGAAGGAGAUAACCAUGUUCUCAUAAUGCAAACCCAGCAAUUCCUAUUCAAAUGUCUAAGAUGGCUUUCAAAAGAAGAAGAACUCCCUGAAACAGUGGAAUUCUUAACUUUAUCACCACCUGAAAUAGAGAUCACAAAAGUAUGAAUCUUUGACUUGAAUUCCUUGAUCAAGAUCUUUGCUGAUAGAGCAAACCAUCUAGUACACAGAGCAUCGCAUGUGCUAAUGAUUGAUGCUACCAAAAUAGCUCAACAUUUCGAAGACUCACAAGCCUUCGAGAUGCUGGAAAUGUGUAGAUCUUAUCAUGACUACUACCUCAUCACAAGCUUCAAGAACUGGUUCGAAAAGAUUAAAUGCGACAAGACCAGAAAAAUGUUCGAAAAAUUCUUACUAUUGAGCAUUCACAAGAAGAUCCUGGGCGACUCCAAAUACUUCAGCCAAAUUUUUGAAACCGGAAUUAUAGACAAAAUCCAGGCUCAGGUGGUAAAGACUCUGAAAGAAUUAAGGAAAGACAUUAUUCCACUUACUGACGUCAUCCCAUAUCCUGGCAUUAUGAUGGGAGCUCUUGGUCAUGAAGACCUCCAAGUCUAUGACAGAAUUCUCCAACAUGUGAAGGCUACAGACAAGGUCACUGAUAAAGCAUCAUGGUGGAAAUUAACAUAUGCUAACAGUAAGCAAAGAUAAGAUAGAGGCUAACAAUGCUAAACUUUCAAUUAA